UAUCAUCGGUGAAUAUGGCAUGGGACGCUCUGGCAAGGUCCAACAUCAAAUAGGCGUGCCUUUGCGUCUGCGUGAAAGGUUUCCCAUGAUUCUUUAGCUUGCACAUGCGCCUAAGCAACCUCUUUAAGUCCUUUUCUCGUCAAGUGUGGAGCGACUAGCACCAAACGAGCAGACACAAUGCAGCUCUUCCUGCGUGCGCAGAACACACACACCCUCGAGGUGACCGGACAGGAGACUGUCCAGGACCUCAAGGCUCAUGUCCAGACCCUGGAGGGCAUCUCCGUGGAGGAUCAGGUGCUGCUGCUGGCUGGCGCCCCUCUGGAGGAUAGCGCUGCCCUGGUGGACUGUGGCGUAGCUGAACACAGCACCCUGGAUGUGGUUGCAAGGCUUCUGGGAGGUAAAGUCCACGGAUCCCUGGCUCGUGCUGGCAAAGUGCGCGGACAGACACCCAAGGUGGACAAGCAGGAGAAGAAGAAAAAGAAGACCGGCCGUGCCAAGCGUCGCAUCCAGUACAACCGUCGCUUCGUCAAUGUGGUGCCCACCUUCGGAAAGAAGAAGGGACCCAACGCCAACUCCUAAGAACUCUGUUGCCAUGGAGGACACGACCAAACUCCUGAUUAUAAUAAAAGUUUAAUUUGGAA